AUGGGUGAAGAACUUUCUGGUUUGAGUGCCAAAGAUCUACCGAGCCUGGAAAACCAACUGGAGACAAGUUUGAAAGGUGUCCGGAUGAAAAAGGACCAGAUACUAAAUGAUGAAAUAAAAGAAUUGAACCAGAAGGGAAAUCUCAUACAGCAAGAGAAUAUGGAACUGUAUAAGAAGCUAAACCUUGUAGGUAAAGAGAAUGCAGAACUGCUAGAGAAGCUAAGCCAGCCACAGAAUCAAACUCAGCCUCGGCUUCAGAACAAUGAAAUACCAGCAAAAGGAAUCAAAUUAGGCUGUGGGUGGCUAUCUGUCAUUAUGCAGUCAACUUGCACCACAGUGAAAAGCAAUCUUCUAGGAGUGAGUCAUACUUACAGUAAAUGCAUCCAGCAGAGGUACCAGCAGCUUUGUACCUCGUCCCUAUCAACGAUGGAUUUCCGCUUGGAUGAACGGCGAAUGUUGACGGGGAAAGAGCACUGCGUCGAAGAGAGAGAGGAUGGAGUUCAAACUUUUUUCCGGGUUAAACGAAGCACCAAACUGCAAAAACUCAUGGAAGCAUUCUGUAAAAAUCGUUCCCUUGACCCCAAAUCAAUAGAAUUCACGUUUGAUAGCGUCCGACUCGAGAAGAACAAAACUCCUGAGCAGCUUGGAAUGGAAAAUGGUGAUCUGAUCGAUGCCCUUGUUUCCGGUGAUGGAGCUUAA